AAACCAUCAGGUGAUGGGUAACUUGACCUAGGCCUGGAAAUUCUUUCAUUGACUGCUGAUGAAAUCAGCCUGGCACAUUUCCGCAUCUUCGGCACUUCUAGCCACAGAAAUAUGUGCUUUCUCUGGCCACUCGCCUGCUGCGGCUGCUCCUCAUCGAAGCCUUGUCAAAAGAAAGGAAAGCAGCAGCAGGUGCAGCACCAGCCGGACGUCCUGGCGAACGUGAUUUCCCAGGAGCCAGGCUACUUCAACCAGGUGACCACCAGCCAGCAAUCGCUACCCAGCAUGAGCCCCAGUUCAGUGUCACUGCCCCACCAGAUUGACACGUCCAGCACCUUGAGCUCCUUGGCCGGCGAGGUGGAUCUGUACGAUAUGGAAGCCUGGUGGCUCAAAAGGGCCUCCAUCGAGGAUUACUUAUCCAUAGUAUCUCAGAGGAAUUGA